AUGAAGAUUACAACACCACGUUUUUUACACACGUUUCCACCACUUUCUUUGACCGGGUUUAGCAUAGCCUUACAACGACAACAACACAAUCGACCCGUCGUUCCAAUACACCACCACAUUUUCGUUGCCUCUGAUGACUUGUUUUCUGUUUCAGAGAAUCAACAGCGUAAAACUUUUGCUGUUUUUAUGAAGGAUGCUAAUGAAUAUGAGGUCAAUGAUAUGGAUGAGGAUGAGAAGAAAGCAAAAAGGUUUCUUCCAGCUGUGCCAACAAAAACCCCGCAAGAAGUCCACGAUAUAAUGUUCAAUAUCAUAGUGAAACAUUGUCAGGAUGGAAUAAAUCCGAACAAUUGGCUACAAUUUCGAUUUGAUGAAGAGCCAUCGUUGAAAUUUAAGAUUCUUAAAGACUGUACAACAUUAAUGGGCAGGGAUGUUCCUAAUUUUGAACUCAACAAGAUGCGAACAGUUAACGACGUGAUGAAAUUCUACCUAACAGAACAGGAACCCGAUGAACGACUAGGUCAUCCUGUUGCUGAUUGGUUUGAGAAAAAUAAAGACAGGUUGCCACCGAAUAUGCAUUUCGUGCCAUAUGUCAAAGAAAGAAAUGUACCGGAAAUAUUGAGAAUGAGGCCGAAUAAACGAGAAUUUUAG